CAGCAGAUAGAUGUUCACAUCGGGGAGAGUACGCGCAAAAUUUAUGCCUUACUCACUGGAAUUCUAGAUGUUGUGGAAGGGUCAAAAGCCAGUAGUCUAGAGCAUUGUCCGGACGUUGACCCUAUCAAGGGUCUAGACUGGAAGCGCACAUUCGGUUUACAUCUGUGGUUCUCUGAGCUGAUGGAUGCACCAAUAUCACAGGUCUUUGAGUCCUACAACUGA